AAACAUGUUCCCUCUUUCAUCUUCAACCUACGAACUCACUUCUCUCAAUUUCUUCAAUUCGUGCUUUCUCAUUCUGCUUCAUCAUCACCUUGUGGUAGUAUCAAAGAUUGUAUUGAAGAAAAGGAAAAGCAAUGAGGAUUGGGCAAAUAGAAGGAAAGAACAACUGGAGCAAAGGGUGAAGAAAUCUAAAAGCGAUAAUUUCGUUAUCAAGAAGCCCGAACAGUUUAUCAGAGAAUUCCGUGAUAAAGAGGCCGAUCUUAUCAAAAUGAAAUAUCGUGGACAACAACCAAUAAAAGCAUCCAAAUUUACCCAAUCAAAGCUCCUUUUCAUCAUUCGCAUACAAGGUAAAAGUGAUAUGCAUCCACAAACAAGGAAACUUUUAUACUCUUUGAGAUUAAGGAGAAUGUUCACUGGUGUUUUUGUUAAGACAAAUGAUAGAAUCUUGGAAAUUCUACAGAAAGUUGAACCAUAUGUCACAUACGGUGUGAAUGAGUUGAUAUACAAGAAGGGUUUGGCAAAAGUUAACAAGCAGAUAUUUCCGUUGACAGACAAUAACAUCAUUGAACAAGCAAUGAGUGAUCAUGGAAUUAUAUGCAUAGAAGAUAUUGUAAAUGAGAUUGCAAAUGUGGGCCCACAUUUCAAGGAGGUUUGCAGUUUUUUGUGUCCUUUCAAUUUGAAUAAGCCGGAAAAGGCUUUGCAGGGUAAGAAAAAGGCGUUUAAGGAUGGUGGUGAUUCUGGAAACCGUGAGGAUCAAAUUAACGACUUGAUUAGUAAAAUGAAUUAAUUAAUUAUUAUAGGUUUAAAUUUAAGAUAGAUGAAUCUUUUUGUUGUUAAUCU